GGUGAACUGGGUCACAUGGGCCGCAAUGAGCACUUUUACUCGAAACACAAGAGUCAGCACAGCGCUACAGAGUCGACCUGUUAGUGCAGCGAAUCCCUCAUCUGUGGACCAUUCAUGUUUAUUUGAAUUUUAUUGUUUUUUUUUAAACUGGAAGAUAAAACGAUCGAGUCGUGCAGCGUUCACGAAGAAGUCUAGCGAGGCGUUUUGAAUCAUUCAGCAUUUGUGUCGAGGAGCUGUUUAAUACUCUGGAGCUUCAACAGAUGGAACAAAUCUGAAUAGUCAGACGUUUAAUCCUGGGACAUCUAGUUUGCUCGUUUAUUUGUUUAUUCAUUUCAGAGACGACAAAAAAAAAUGUUCGGCGUUUAAAACCAGGUGACAUUUUCAUUCCAUACAAAUAGAAGAGCGACCUGAAAGUUUUCAACACGAAAGAAAUCCAGGAGAGAAACAGCUUUGUGCUGUCAGAAGACAUGGAAUCAACAAAGGCUGGGGGUGUUAUAGCCUACAUCAGCUCAUCGAGUUCGGCCUCCAGCCCCGAGUCGUGCCACAGCGACAGCUCCAACAGCAGCUACCACUUUUCAUCCUCUUCACCUAGUGCGUCCUUUUCCAGCCGCCACAAUGGACAGCAGGUCGACGCGGCCAACUUCUCCCAGCCUCAGAGUCACAGCACGACCAAGACACGCUCGCCAUCUACCGCCAAAUCUGGGAUCACCAAGAUCAGUGGCCUGGUGUUGUUGUGUAAAGUGUGCGGAGACGUGGCUUCAGGAUUUCAUUACGGUGUUCAUGCCUGCGAAGGCUGCAAGGGUUUCUUCCGGAGGAGUAUCCAACAGAACAUCCAGUAUAAGAAGUGCCUUAAGAACGAGAACUGUCCCAUCAUGCGCAUCAACAGGAAUCGAUGCCAGCAGUGUCGCUUUAAGAAGUGUCUGCUAGUCGGCAUGUCUAGAGAUGCCGUGCGUUUCGGACGAAUCCCGAAGCGAGAGAAACAGCGCAUGCUGCUAGAGAUGCAGAGCGCCAUGAACAACAUGAUGAACAACAGCCAGCUGCAUGGCAGCAGUCCUCAAGGUUCCAGCAGCCAGACUCGGCCUUGUCCAGCAAAGCUCCCAUCUGGGGCUGCACCCCAUGCUCCUCCUACUUUCUCCCCUGCGUCUUCCCCUCAAAGCAGCCAAUCUGAGUUGAGCAACGAUCCUGAGCCUUCGCUCCCAAUGGACACAAGCCCAAGCUCUGACUCCUCCAGUGCUACAGACAGUGGAGAAGAAGAGGUCGUUGGUACGGGGACGAGGCCAGGUCACGAAGCUGAACGCGUCAUGGAGGACACACAAGAGGUCUGGAAUCAUCAUAACAACAUCACUACAGUAACGCUCCAGCAACCACAUUUACACUGCACUCCUCAGGAUCCUCGUGAAUCACCACAGGGAGAUCAUUCUCUCAGCCGGUGCCCUGUCAGAGUGAGCAACAGUGCCUCCAGCGGUCAUUGCCAUGUCCAGCUGCUCGCCAAUGCUGACCCGAGUCACCCAUGUUCUGCCUCUGUUAUCGGCCAGACGCUCCGGGCACACAACUCCAACGGAACCCGAGCCAAUGGGAGUUAUGCUGGUCCAGCAUGGAGUGGAGGCAACAGGAUGCAUCUAGUGUGUCCCAUGAACACUUCUCCUUAUGUGGACCCACAUAAAUCAGGCCACGCUAUCUGGGAGGAGUUCUCCAUGAGCUUCACUCCGGCUGUAAGGGAGGUGGUGGAGUUUGCCAAACGCAUCCCCGGAUUCAGGGAGCUGUCGCAGCACGACCAGAUUAGUCUUCUCAAAGCGGGUACUUUUGAGGUGCUGGUGGUACGUUUUGCAUCAUUGUUUGACGUGAAGGAACGCACUGUGACUUUCCUGAGUGGGAAGAAGUACAGUGUGGAGACGCUGUGCUCUAUGGGUGCUGGUGACCUGCUUAACUCUAUGCUGGAUUUCAGCGAGAAGCUGCGUGCUCUGAACCUCAGUGAGGAGGAGAUGAGCCUCUUCACUGCUGUUGUACUCGUCUCUGCAGACCGUUCAGGAUUGGAGAACGCAAAGUCAGUAGAAGCGCUACAGGAGUCACUGAUCCGCGGCUUGCGCAGCCUCAUCACGCAGAGCCACCCGAACGAGAGCGCCAUCUUUACCAAGCUGCUUCUCAAACUGCCCGAGUUACGCUCGCUCAACAACAUGCACUCAGAGCAGCUCCUGGCCUUCAAGGUCCAGCCAUGAAAAGCAGUUCUUCUCCUCCUGUAACUGUGCAGUCCUUUUCACCACCAGAACCUCCAGAUUCUGUACUUUUUAUCAAAUCUGACACCCCCCCCCCCAAAUUGGAGGCUUGAUCUAGAGGUGGAAGGGAGCAACAAAUUGAGCUCCGUGUACUGUAAAGGUGUAAGUUGUGACACUUUAUCUUGUGGGUAAACAGAAUACAGAGGGGCUGUGAUUCCUGGGAGAGACUAUGUGCGCGUAUGCAGUCCUCUUUCAGAGGCACCUUCUCGAAUUUCAUUUUAGACUUAAACUGUUUAACUGUCUGUGCAAUAUGUGACCCAUGUUUACUGUUCAUGGUUUGGUCUUUUGAUGGUUCGAGAGAUGCUGCUGUCUACAUACUGCGAUGCUGUGUACGAUGAUGGAUGUAGGUACCAUAGGAGAAUAUUUCUUUCACUUAAGUAGUUGGUGCCUAACAUAAACCUAUAAUAUUUUUUUUGAAGUAUGGUAAUGGCAGGAUAUUUCCAUAUAGCCUCUGUUACGCUAAACACAAGUAAAAGAAAGCUAGUACCAGAGAUAAGAUGAAUGUGGAAGAAGCUGCUAAAUUAAAGCUUUUUAUUAUAAUAGGUGGUAAAAUGGUGCAGCGUCGCUGUUUUUACGUGCCGAAAGUGAUAAGAAUGUUUAACAUAUAUAUGUAUUUUUUUUUUCCUAGCUGAGUAAAAUGACGCUCAUUUUUAGUUUAGCAUAAUGGUGCAGCUGUGUAUAUAUAUUUUGUGAACGAUAGGACUAUAUUUGGUAGAAUUGAAUAAUAAAAACGCUCUGGCAGUGUUUCUACAUUACAGGGUUUUAGAAACUUGAUAAGUUAGUCGCCUGCAUGCACUGUCCAGUGAUUUAUCGAUGGGACCCAAUCAAAACAUUCUGAAAACCCUUUUAAGUCAAACACUCCCUGAUGGUUGACACUAUCGGUUUGUAUAUAUACGGGCAGGAUUUAUCAAUGUUAAAAAUUAGGGGUUAGGUAUGAAAACUAGAGUGAGACGUUAGUCCUGGCUGAUGUUUUCUUUCUUAUUUGAGUAGUGACUUCCAUUCUGGACAGAUGGAUGACAAAUUAAAGGAAAAACUGGUGGCUCUAUUAUGCUAUUGGGACAUUUUGGCUGCAUGGUUUGGGUCCACUUGUCCAUUAGGAAGGAGGUAUCAUUUCCAAUCAGUACAAAGUUUCUGACUGAUCACCUUAAUCCUAUAAUGAAACAUUUCCCCCACCACCAAAACACCAAUUCCUAUUGUUCAUCCUUCUAGUACAGUUCCAGAGACUUGAACAAUUGUAAUUCUGGCAGCUUGUAGCGGCCCAGCACCAAAGGCACUUUACAGUAGGUUGUUUUUUCCUUUAAUUUGUCACCUGCCUGUAUUUCACUUUUGUUAUCUUCUUUUUCUUUUUCUUUUUUUUCUGGUCAACAAUGUUCAGUGCAAAUCUUUUGUAGAGUUAUUCUUGGCUCAGUUUUCAGUGCGUCAGUUGUGCAACACACAAGCAUAUCACAAGACAGACCGAGAGGGAGCUUGGAGCAAUCACAGGAGACAAACAAGGUAACUUGAGCACAUCUUUACAUUUCUGACUUGUGCUUUCACUUCAAGAGGGAUGAGACUGUGUAAGCUGAAAUAUAUUUGAAUCUGAUUUUUGGUUUGACUGAAAUAUCAAACUUACCUCAUAAUGAUUGUAGUGUUUUUGACACUUGAUUGUAUUUGCAGUGAAGAGAAUAUCGGUGGCUGUGACGAUGUAGUUUUCAGCCAUAGUAGUGUUGAUUACAUUUAAAUGUCCUUGUAGUUUGUGUCCUAAGGUACUGACUGCAUUUAAGCUUCCUCUCAGUAGCCAUCUUGAACAUCUGUCAGCACUGGAUUGCCAAUAGCUGGUCUGUAAUGGUUUUUAUUUGUGAAAAUGUUGCAAAAUACCUAGAUUUAUAUGUGUAAGAUAUAUAAAUAUAUACAAAUAAUAUAUAUUACAUAUAAAAUAAAAACUAUAAAUAAAAACUCUU